AUGGCCAAGUUUGUGCUGGCAGGUAAGGCAAACUGCCCUUACUAUGCUAAAGCUGAACUCCUGGCUGACUAUCUCCAGGCUAGCUUGCCAGACUUCAGGGUUCACAAGAUCCUCCAGCACCCUGACAAAUGGGAGCAGUGGCUUCAUGACAUUUGUGAAAUAAAUGGAUGGGAACACAGACAGUCUCCUAUCAUUUGGAGAGAACUGUUGGACCGAGGAGGGAAAGGUCGGCUUCUGGGAGGAGUUAAUGAUUUUCUGGAACAUGCUCAGCGCUAUUAUGGCAUCACCUCAGCGAUGCUGGAUGAGGAAGUGUUAGACAUUGCUGAGGAGAACCUGAAGACGUAUAUUGAAAUUGAAAAAGAGGAGGAAGAAAUUAAAAGUCUUGUCAAGCCUUUGCAAAUCUGGAUCACCAGUGCAUCAUCUCCAGUCUGUUAUCAUCUGAUCCCUCUGUUGGCAAAUGGAGAAGUGUUUGGGAUGACCACAGAUAUCAGUAUCCAUUUGUUUGACACUGACAAGUUUAAGGAAGUUCUUUGUGGUAUCGUAAUGGAAGCUGAAGACAUGGCAUUCCCACUCCUCCGCAGUAUUUCAGAGCACACUGAAAUACACGAGGCUUUUGUUCAAGCUGAUAUUGUCAUUGUUCUUGAUGAUGUCCUCUUAAACCAUGAAGUCCAGUCCCUUGAGAACUCCAUCAGAGACGUGAGUGAGAUCUGCCAAGUAUAUGCUCCUCUGAUUGAGAAGAAUGCCAAGAGUGAGGUCAGAGUAGUUUCAUCAGGAAAAAACUUUGUGAACCUUAAGGCAAUGCUGAUCAUGACAUACUGCCCAUCCAUUAAACCUGAGAAUGUCAUUGCUGUUGCAACAUUGUGGGAAAGUUUGGCUAAAGCCAUGCUAGCCAGGAAGCUGAAUAUGAAUGCAGCAGGUGUUAAAGAUGUGAUUGUUUGGGGCAAUAUUACUGGCCGCAAUUACAUUGAUUUGUCACAUGCAAAACUUUAUGGAUACGAUUGUGCUAUUUGGGGUCCAGCUGAUUUUCCACAUCCUUUGUUGAACAUGAUUUAUGAUAGUGAAUGGGUCCAUUCAGAACUUCAGUCUGCACAGAGUUCACUGAGUUUCCAGGUCAACCAUUGUGUAGGAAUGUUGCCUGCUCAUGCAGUAGCCACUGUACUGAGAUACUGGUAUCAUGGCUCUCCUCCUGGGGAGAUCAUUUCUGUGGGAGUACUUACUACAGGUCAGUUUUGUGUUCCUGAAGGAAUUGUCUUUUCUAUGCCAGUAAGAUUCCAGAAUGGUAACUGGGAAGUCAUGACAGAAUUAGAAAUUAAUGAAACGACAAAAGAAGUUCUGGGCUCUUUAGCCCAUGACCUGAUUCAGGAAAAGCAAAUUGCUCUAAAGGAGUAG